CACUAUAAGUAACUGGAUUCUCAUUCUCUCUCCCUCUCCUCAGGUACCUCCAUAGCUCCACUUGCUCUGCAACUCUCUCUCUCUCUCUGAUGGGGAAUCAUGUGAAGCAUGUUCUCUUUCAUCUAUUCUCCUUCGUUCUUGUAACUGGAGUUCAAGUGGUUCAAGGUUCACCUCAUCACAACCACCACCAUCACCGUCACCACAAACUUGGUUUUUCCAAGCUGUUCGUCUUUGGUGACUCUUAUGCUGACACCGGGAAUAACCGGAAGUCUGAAGCUAGUUCGUGGCACCAGCCUUAUGGGAUCACUUUUCCGGGGAAACCAGUCGGCCGUUACUCCGACGGCCGGGUACUGACAGACUACUUAGCUUCUUUCGUCGGAAUCAAGUCUCCAGUACCUUACAGAUGGAGAAAUGUUGCGACAAAACGACUAAGAUAUGGGGUGAAUUUUGCUUAUGGAGGAACUGGGGUGUUUGAUACACUGGUUCCUGACCCAAAUAUGACGACACAAAUUGACUUCUUUCAACAGCUCAUCCAUGAUGGAGUGUACAACAAGAGUAAUCUCAACUCUUCUAUUGCUCUCGUCUCACUUGCUGGGAAUGACUAUACUACUUACAUGGCCAAAAAUGGCACUGCAGAGGGCUUGUCAGCCUUCACCAUAUCCAUCAUUAAUCAACUAGCUAUAAACCUAAAACGCAUUCAAGGUCAGGGAGUGAAGAAAGUUGCAGUUACAGCAAUCGAGCCCAUUGGGUGUCUCCCUCAAAGCGCAGCCUCGUCGUCUUAUCAGCAAUGCAAUGAAACCAAUAACAUGGCUGCCAUGUUCCACAACCUCUUAUUACAGCAAGCUGUGGAGAAGUUGAAUAAUGAGACCAAGGGGUCCACCUUCAUGGUUCUUGAUCUCUUCAAUGCUUUCAUGUCCAUGUUCAAUAGACAGAAAGACCAUCCAGGAAUUAUGAAGUUUGGUAAUCUUUUGAAACCAUGCUGUGUGGGUACAAGUGCUGAAUACUCGUGUGGAGACAUAGAUGAGAAUGGUGUGAAGAAGUAUACAGUAUGUGAAAACCCUGAAUCUACCUUUUUUUGGGAUGAUGUGCACCCUUCACAGGAAGGUUGGCAUGCAGUCUAUUCAGCUUUACAAAUUUCUCUCGACCAACUCUAUAUCUAACUCCAUACCCUUUCUUGUGUGAUAUGGUUUCCCCUAUUUUCAUUCUUCUUUUCCCUUUUCUUCCUAUUGCAUUUUUGUUUUAUUUUAUUUUAUUUUCUGAUACACCAAUAGUGUUUUCAUGUUUUGAUAUUCUUGAUCCAACGGCUUCUAGUGGAGGGUGUAAUGCGCAUGCAUCAAACAUUUCAAUGAGUUCAAAAUA